ACCCUCCAACAUUCGAGAGCAGAACUUUCCUCCGAUAGGUUUCCGCUGAAACUGAACGUUUGUGUGAUUUCAAUGGGGACUCGAGAGGUGUAUGAAGAGAAGCUACGAACGGGAAAUCUGUAUCACGAGCCCACCAUCAAUCCUGGCCUCGGUACUCCCCGCUGCCCUCGUUGUCUCUCCCUCCUCGACUCAGACUCGGACAAAGGUGAAUGGACCAUCACUCCAGUGUUACAUGACGCCACCGCUGUGGCUGGCUGUGGUUUAGGUGGAAUGCUCAGUGCUUUUUAUGGUCUGAAUACAGGAAUGCCUUAUCUCCAAAAACAUGUCAAAGGGCCAAAGUGGCUUCCAUUCGUUAUAGGGGUUCCUCCAUUGUUAAUGUUUUCUGCUGCAAGUGCUGCAUUAGGAGGAUAUGGGCUUCCAAAUUUCACACAGCUGAGUGUGACAUCAUAUUAUGCUGCAUCAAGUGCUUCUCAUUAUGGGAUUUCAUUAAUUACAAGAUACAUUGAAGACACUUAUAUGACACGUUCACAAAAACAAAGGCUUCGGUGAUUUCAGCCUUUCUUUUGUAAAACAUGAUCUGUUUUGGCCCUUGUAGUGUAGAUAUAUGUAUGAUAUUGUUUUUGAACUAGAAUUAUAAUGAUUCUAAAAUGAUUGAAUAAUGGAACUGAAAUGCAAAUAUAUGUUAAAUGUA